AUGGCUACCACCACCGAAAUGAAGUCUAUGGCCGAGAAAUCAGAGAUAGAGAAGGCGGAGGUGGAGAUGCUCGAAAGAUCUACUACAACAUCACCUCCAUCAGAAGAAGAGUUAGCACCCGUUGUUACUGCAAAGACUUGGGUCGUCGUUGGGAUCCUUUCGAUGGGUUACGGUCUAUCGUUCUGGCCUGUCCCAGUCUUCGCAGCUAUCCAAACUGAAGUUGCUACCUCCCUCGGAAAUUCCAACGAUUCAAUCUGGUUUAUUCCUUCCUGGUCACUCGCUAUCACCGUCAUGUUCACCCUCGCAGGAGCCAACACUGAUCUCCUAGGCCGUCGAUAUUUUCUCAUGGGAGGUAACGUCAUUUGCACAAUCGGGCAUCUCAUCAUCGCCACAGCAAAAACAGGUCCAGCAGUGACAGCAGGGAUGGCAAUUACCGGAUUCGGAGCUGCGAAUUGUCAAAUGGCUGCAUUUGCAGUAUCAGAACUUUUACCGAACAAGUGGCGGCAUUGGGGAGUAGUUCUCGCAGAUAUCGCGACUCUCGUUGCGGUUGUUGCUGGACCAGUGACAGCUCGAUAUGGUCUUGUUACUGGGACUUGGAGAUGGAAUUUCUAUCCUAUUGCCAUACUUCAGGCGAUAUCUGCUCUUGGACUGUAUCUUUUUUACUAUCCACCUAAACAUCCCAAUGGAUUACCUUACCGACAAGUGUUCAAGGAGAUGGAUUAUGGAGGAAUGAUCCUCUUCAUCGCCGGCGCCGGUCCCUUCCUCGCAGGAAUAAUCUACACAACCAUCUACCCCUCCUCCGACGUCCACGUAAUCGCACCUCUGGUGACCGGCGCCAUUUUCCUCGUCCUCUACGCCCUCUGGGAAAACAUAGGCCACAAACUCGGCUGGGUCCCCCGACCUCUAACACCAACCCGCGUCUUUACAGCCGGUCACGGCCGCGACUUCACCGCACCCUGCAUUGGCAUCGCCGUUAUAAACAUGUUCUACUACUCAUCCUCCCUCCUCUGGCCCACCAUGAUAAACGUCUUCUACCUCGACGACCCCACCGACUGGCGCGCCGCCUCGAUCCUCUCCCUCGUCCAGGGCUUCGCCAUCUGCGCCGGUGUCCUCUUCCUCACGCUCUUCGGCGCCAAGAUCAAGCACUGGAACUGGCAACUCGCAGGCUACGUCUUCGUCAUGGUGUUAUUCGGCGUGCUCCUCGCGCUAGGGAAUCCAGGGAACAAGAACCUCAUGAUCGCGUUUGUGUUUAUCUCGCAAGCUGCGUAUGGGCCGGCGAUAUAUCUUGCCAUUGCAGUAUCUCAGAUGGGUGUUGAGCAGAAGGAUCUCGGUCUUAGUGGUGGUGUCAGUGGGACUGCGAGGUUUGCGGGUGGCGCGAUCGCGACGUCGGUCUAUACCGCUGUGUUGACUAAUACGGUAAAGAAGUGGACGGUGAAACUCGUGCCUGUUGCUGCUGUGCAGGCGGGUUUGCCUGUUGGUAAUGUGACGGAGAUGAUGGCGAUGCUUGGGACGGCGAACAUGACGACGGCCUUUAGUCCUGAGGUCAUUGCUGCUGUUGGAAAGGCGACACAGAAGGCUUAUGAACGUGGUAUUCAGCUGACGGCAUAUACAUCGCUUGCGUUUGGUGUAAUUGGCAUUGUUGCAUGUGCGUUGACGAGAGAUAUGGAGCCGAAGAUGAAUAACAAGAUUGAAGUGUAUAUGGAGAACACUGACCAGGCUGACAGAAAUAAAUUUCAUUAA